AUCAGUUAGAUUUUGUCUUUAGCUAUGUUAGUACUGUGUAAGGAAUUGAGUGAUUGAAAACACGAAGCAAAGAGUAGUUCAAAGAAGUUGCUGAAGAUAAACUCAACAUGUGGAAACAUUCAAAACUCUUGAAUUGCAAUUGGUUGUUUAUGCAGAUAAUUGCACUUGAAAUAGGUCUCAACGAGGCAGCACAGUGCACUGACUGUCCAACUACAAAACUUGGAACAGAAAGCAAGAGUAUCACAUAUGGACCAAGUAUUGAAUACAACUGCAACUGUGAUUGGACAAUACCAACAAGUAUGCCCACAGAUCAUGAAACAGCAGUUGUUCUGUUGUUACAAAAUGUUUCAUUGCCAACGAUAAAAACUGCUAUUGGAUAUACACUCUGCUCUGGAAGUAUCAGAUUCCCAAGUGCUGAUGGAUAUAAAUGUGAUUUCAAAACCAAUUACUGUCUUGCCUUUACAACUGAAUCCACCAUUUGCAACAUCAACAGAAUCAGAGAGAAAAUCCCAGUUGCAAAUCACAUCUGUGAUUCAAUCAUUCCAUGGAAUAAAGCUGGAGGAAGUCCGUACAAGAUCGAAUAUAUUGCAAUAAACAUUGCUUAUCAAACAAAACAUUUCACAAUACAAUAUCAUUUAGUAGAUUGCAGACUAUUAACCACACCUAUGCUAUCCACAGCAUCAGAGCAAGAAUCAACAACAAAAGGAUCAGCUCAUACUAAAUAUACAUCAUCCCUUGUGAAGCAAAAUUCUGACUCGACCCCUGAAUCCAGCUGCCAAACAUCACUGAUCAUUGCUACUCCAGUAUCAGGAAUUAUGGGUUUGAUUGCUGGAGCUUUGUUGAUGUUCAUUAUACUAAGGUAUUGCAACAAUAACAAGGAACCGAAAAACAAAGAUUCAAUGGAAAUGGGAAGCAGUCAAAAUCAGCAGCCAACUGUCCAUGAACGAACAACAUAUGAAAACUACACACCAACAGCAGAUGAAAGUGGAUAUGAAGUUCCGAAUCAAGUUGAUAACAAGAAUGAACAAAGUGGAUAUGAAGUUCCGAUUCCAGUUGAUAAAAAGAAUAAACAAAGUGGAUAUGAAGUUCCGAAUCAAGUUGAUAACAAGAAUGAACAAAGUGGAUAUGAAGUUCCGAAUCAAGUUGAUAACAAGAAUGAACAAAGUGGAUAUGAAGUUCCGAUUCAAGUUGAUAACAAGAAUGAACAAAGUGGAUAUGAAGUUCCGAUUCAAGUUGAUAAAAAGGAUGAACAACAAUAUGAGGUUGUGAAAAGUGGAAGCCAAUAUGAAAACACAUGAAUGAAUGAAAUAAAUUCAUCCAAUACAUUUGAAUUGAAAAAA